AUGACUACAGCAUGUUCUCCUAAGGAGCCUCUUGUGGCUAUCCUGGGGACGACAGGCACAGGUAAAUCAGAUCUUGCGGUAGACCUCGCACUUAGGUUCAAUGGCGAGAUCAUCAACGCCGAUGCCAUGCAGAUGUACAAGGGAUUGCCGGUUAUUACAAACCAACUUCCGCCCAAGGAUCAGCGAGGUGUUCCGCAUCAUCUCCUGGCAGCGAUUGACCCUACGGAGCCAACAUACACUGUUGACAUCUUUGCGCGGGAAGCUACUAGGCUCAUUCGCGAGAUUCGAAGUAGAGGGAAGCUUCCUAUUGUAGUCGGCGGUACCCAUUACUAUAUACAUGCACUACUUUUUGAUGAUCACUUGGUGAGUUCCCGGAGCGUUGAUGACGAUAGCUCGCAACAUCGUUCCCAGGAAGAGAAUAUAUUACAAUUCCCAAUCCUGGACGGACCAACUGAUUUGAUAUUGGAACGUCUUCGGGAGGUGGAUCCUGCCAUGGCAGAUCGAUGGCAUCCUGAUGAUCGACGCAAGAUCAAACGAUCCCUCGAAAUAUUUCUCACCACCGGUAAACGGGCAUCGGACAUAUAUGCUCAACAGAAACAAGUUAAAUCGUUCUCUGGCUCAGCACGUGGCUCUUGGCAAUGCCUGAUGUUCUGGGUGUACACGGACCCCGAUGCAUUAAAGGAACGGCUCGAUAAGAGAGUAGAUAACAUGUGCGGAAAUGGACUAAUGGGUGAGGUGAGAAGCUUGCACGAAAGCCGACGAUUACAAUCCGAGCAGGGUGAUGGUGUGGAUGUGACCCGUGGGAUAUGGCAAUCAAUCGGGUACAAACAGAUGGAACCUUUUCUUGAAGCCGAACAAGACGGGUCGAGUCAAUCUAAGAAAGACAAGCUGAAAGAUGCCGGCCUGGAAGAGAUGAAGAUUGCAACAAGGCAGUAUGCUAGAUAUCAGUUGAGAUGGAUCCGAACCAAGUCUAUUCCGGCCUUCAAAGAUCACGGGGCGAUGGAUUAUUUGUUCUUAUUGAACAGUUCUAAUGCUCAUAACUUCUCGGCUGACGUUCUUGAACCUGCGGCUAAAAUAUGCACCGGAUUCCUCAACGGGCAGCCUUUGGCCAAACCAGCAGAAGUAUCUAGCACAGCAAACCAAAUUUUAUCCGCUUUUGAGAAUUUGGCAGCACCCUCGCCGGUCGCUCUGAAAGUUAGAACUUGCGAAAUUUGCAAUAUAUCUCUCCAGACUGAGGAUCAAUGGGAGAAGCAUAUCAAGGGGCGAAAACAUCGUCGUAAUCUCCAGGGAAAGAAAAGGACUGCUUUAGUGUGUCUUGAUCCGGGUGAGAAGUUUCCGGAAGGGCAGCUGGAGAACUUGCCUACACUUCAUACAAUAUAA